AUGGCUCACCCACUGCCUGCUCUAUUACGAUCCUCUCGGAGGGUCGUAGUGCCUUCUUCCAUCCCGUUCUCUCUUCGCAGCUACUCAGCUACUCCUACCGGCAAAGAUCAAGCCCAAGCCGCGGCCCAAGUCAACACCAAACCUCCUAUUAGAACCGUCCACAAGCAAGAUCCUAGGACUGGGCCAUCACGUCGCCCCGCGAGCAAAUCUAUACUUCGGGAUGUUCCCAAGCUAGAAGAACCUCUCCCCGCGGGUCUUGAAGUCACCAAAACAGCACUGCUUCAUGAAAGCAGUCGCGGUAAAAAGCCCUCCUUGUAUUUCAGUCUGCGAGACGCCUGCAAAUGCCCCAAAUGCGUGGAUCCGCAUUCGAAGCAACGUAACUUCCGGACAACUGACAUCCAUCCUUUUGUCGCACCCCGGAACAUCAGACGGAAUGGCCAGCAAAUCGAGAUUAAAUGGACCAACGAUAUCAAAGGCUACGAUGAAUCUCACACAUCUGUUUACAACCUGGAAGAAUUACAGUGGCCUAACCGUUUCGUCAGCGACAACACCGGCACAAUGAGACUGCGAAAGCGAUGGAAUGCUUAUGAGAUGAGCAAAUACCAGCAUUGGAUCUCGUACGAUGAUUACAUGAAUGAUGAGGCCAAGCUCUCCUCCGCUAUGCGCUCUCUGGCAGCCAUGGGGAUGAUUUUCGUCAAGGAUAUUCCUGAUUCCCGUGAGAUGGUCGAGAAGAUCGCAACUAGGAUGGGUCCUCUACGCAACACUUUCUACGGGCCGACGUGGGAUGUCCGCACAGUCCCCGAGGCCAAAAAUGUUGCUUACACGAGCCAAUUCUUGGACUUUCAUAUGGACUUGAUGUACAUGAACGAGCCACCGGGAUUUCAGCUGUUGCACUGCCUGGAAAACUCUUGCGAUGGGGGCGAGUCUCUAUUUGUGGACACCGUCAACGCCGCCGAAGAUAUGCAAACGUUUGCGCCAGACCACUUCAAGACACUGACCGAAUUCAAUUUGAGCUAUGAGUAUGUGCACGACAACAGCGUCUAUUACAACAGCUGGCCUGUUUUUGAAGUCGCUCGUUCGCGACAUGACAACACGCAGCAAGUUCGUCAUGUCAAUUAUUCGCCUCCUUUCCAGUCCAACAUGCUUGGCAAGCGCCGGUCCUACGAAGCACUGGAGAGAGGCCGCAGGGCACUAUGCCAUUUCGAAAACAUUCUCCAGGAUAAGGAGAACAUUUUUGAGCUGAAGCUCAAGCCUGGUGAAUGUGUUAUUUUCGAAAACCGCCGGGUUGCUCACGCCCGUCGUCAUUUCAACACCAAUUCCGGUAAACGUUGGCUUGCGGGUGCAUAUGUCGACGAGGAUGCCUUGAUUUCUCGGUUCCGGGUGUCUCGUAAUAACCACCCCGAUCCCUGGAACAAACGAAUUCGGUAUACUGAACCCCAUGGGUCUCAAACUGAACAAGGAAAGGACGAAUUGAAGACAGAGCAGCAGGGAACGCAGGUGCCAGACAGCCAGGCGUAG